CGCGCGCUCUUCUCGUUCACGCUUUUGUCAGCGUCCUCUCUUCACCAGCGACUCUUCCUCGGAAGCCGAGCGCGUGAAGCAGUCACUCCUGUCGCGUGUGUUUUUUUUUCCACCCCCUUCACUCCACAACCAACUUGUCAGCAUGUCCGGCGAAGACGCGCCCGCCCAGCAGCAGAACGCGGAGGAGCAGAAACCCCAACAGCAGCAGGAUGGCGAGGCAACAGAGUCGCCCAAAACCGAAAACAAACCGGAGGCAACGCCCGCUGAACCUGCUGCUGCCACCACCGCUGCCACAGCCGACGCUCCCGCUGCCGCUCCCGCCGAGGAGGACACCUUCAGCUACCGGGCGCUGGUCCUUACCGGCUUCGGCGGUUACGAUAAAGUCAAGCUGCAGGUGAAGAAAGGCAAGCCGGUGCUGAAGAGUGGUGAAGUGCUGGUGCGCGUUAAAGCAUGCGGCCUCAACUUUGCAGAUCUCAUGGCCAGGCAGGGACUGUACGACCGGCUCCCUUCUCCACCCGUUACACCGGGCAUGGAGUGCUCUGGCAUCAUCGAGGCGGUCGGGGAAGAAGUGACGGACAGAAAAGUGGGCGAUAAGGUGCUGGUUCUGAGCCGCAACGGUCUGUGGCAGGAAGUGGUGGUGGUGGCAGCCUCACACACUUUUAUCAUGCCCGAGGGAAUGAGCUUCGAGGAGGCAGCCGCUCUGCCUGUCAACUACAUCACCGCCUACAUGAUGCUGUUCGACUUCGGCCACCUGCGCCCCAACCAGAGCGUGCUCAUCCACAUGGCCGCAGGAGGAGUCGGGAUUGCCGCCACUCAGCUCUGUAAGGGCGUGCAGGACGUCACAAUCUUCGGGACGGCUUCUGCCAGUAAGCAUGAGGUCAUCAGCGAGGGCGGAGUCACACACCCUAUCGACUACCGCACGAGGGACUAUGUGGAGGAGGUCCGCAAGAUUAACCCCAAAGGUGUGGACAUUGUUUUGGACCCCUUGGGUGGUGCUGAUACCCAGAAGGGCUACAACCUGUUGAAACCAAUGGGCAAACUCAUCAGCUAUGGCGCGGCCAACAUGCUGUCCGGUCAGAAGAAAAACCUGUUUGCAGUGGCCAAGACCUGGUACCAACAGUUCUCUGUUCACACUCUGAGUCUGAUCCAGAGCAACCGCUCAGUUUGCGGCUUCCAUCUGGGCUACCUGGACUCCGAGUCGGAGCUUCUCUCGGGGGUCAUGAAGGCCGUGCUGGAUCUGUACCAGCAGGGCAAGAUCAAACCCCGCAUCGACUCCACCUACCACCUCGAACAGGUCGGCGAUGCCAUGCGCAGGAUGCAGGAGAGGAACAACAUCGGCAAGAUCGUCCUCACCACCGAGCCCAUGAAAGAGGAGCCCAAGAAGGAAGAGGCCAAAAAAGACGAGAAGGAGAAGAAGGAGGAAAAGAAGAAAGAGGACAAGAAGAAGGAUGAGAAGAAGAAAGAAGAGACCAAGAAGGAUGACAAGAAGGAGGAGAAAAAGAAAGAGGAGGCCAAGAAAGAGGAGAAGAAAGAGGAGCCCAAGAAGGAGGAGCCCAAGAAGGAAGAGGAGCCCAAGAAGGAAGAGGAGCCCAAGAAGGAGGAGAAUUGAGAAACGAGUCGGGCCGAAGCUAGGUGGAAAAUUGACGGCUGUGAAUCGAGUUUGUGUUGGGAGUAGGGGAUCGUUUGAAUCUGUGUCGGAUGUGUGUUGAGUGUAUGUGUGUGUGUGCGUACGCAAGUGUAGUCCAGCUCUCCGCUCAACCCAGAGCAAUUACUCCUGCCUUAAAUCAUCUCACACUAAAAUCUGCAAUCCAACCAGCCUUAUAUACAAACACGCCAAAUAAACAGAUCUACAAUCCUGUCACGGCUAAGUAGUUGUAGUACGCAUUUCAAUUUACUGUAGUAUUAAUUGCUUCUACUAAUCUGUAAUCUGUACUCUGUGACUGUGUGCCUUUUGAGCUGUGCCAUGUCAGUAUUACACUGCCAAAUACACCAGUCAUGUGUUCAUUUGCCAUUCCUCAUUCCCCCCGGCAUGCUUUUAAUACCAACGUACCAACACCUUACUCGCUUUAUAUCUAUUUAGCUGUUCCUCAUGCUAAGGAGUACGAGUGAAAGCCUGGGUUGGGUAAGAGUGCUGUUGUCAUGACUACCUGAAUGUGCCCUGUCUCCUUUUCUAAACCCCUUAACCAUCUCCCCCGUUCUGAUGUCCUCGCCAUGGCGAUUCACUCCUUCGCGCUUGACCAGACUCGCUCAUGGAUAUUCACUGAACCACUGAGCCAGUAGUUUACCAGUAUAGGUAAUCAUCUAAUGUUCCUUGGCUCUACCUACACCACGUUUUGAAGCGACUUGACACAAUCGGCUUAUAAAUCAAGCAUAUUUAUUUCAGAAUCACCCGGGGUUGCCAGAUGUUUUGCAUAUUGCACGUUUCCUUCAUAAUCUAAAAGCAACUCAAGUUGUCAAUCAACACCAACAGGUGGCAGUGCAUCUUGCCCGGUAAUGUAAUGACACUUGUGUACACAUGAGCACAUCUGGUAAUUAAAUAAGACGUCAACCCAGGUAGCUUGUAUGCCAAUGUACUUGAGACAAUGACUCCCAGUUUUAAACCUAACCCAAGUAUUGCAAUAUAGGGGAGGGGAUUGCAUCUUGUCUUCUUAGGGGUGGCUCAUUGGUGACGGGGCAAUAAUUGGAACCUACGUGUAGAUUUCUGUAUUGUAACAUUAUAUAUGCAACUUAGAUGCUUUAACAGUGGGACACAUCUGUUUUCUUAUACUUCAAUAUAAAAAAAAAUGCUUUUUCUUUUAUAUUCUGUAUGAAGAUUCAAAACACUUGCAUUUAAUUAAUGCCGCAAGACCCAGACUGUCUUACGUCUCUCAAACUACACCAGUCUGAACGCCUGUACUCAUGCAUGCGAUGACUCCGACUGUGUAUGAAUCAAAUCCUUAUUCCGUUUCGUUAAACAUGACGGUCGCUGCCAGUAUCCAAAUGAACUCUACAGAGCAGCGCCGAUUAUAGUAAACCAUCUGCGUCUCACAUUCUCAGCUUAUUGUAUUAACGCGGAGACGCUGAAACACAUAGCGCUGUUUUAUUUCCCAGCCUCCUUCAGGAUUCCAGGUUAUCCCGCGCAUUCCGCUCAGGCCCUUCUGACCACGGCCUUCGGCACAUUGGCUGGGUUUCAGCGUGAUGGGUUUUGUUUGCUCUCACUCUCCGCUGUGCUCUCUUGCAUUUUAUCGUCACUAGUUGGCAUAGCAACAGGCGUUUAGCCAGCUAGAGAUGACAGUUGGGUUGCCCCCCCCUUUCCCUUCGCUCCCACACUUACAUACAUACACUAAAUGCUUUCUCUUUCUUUCUUUCUGCUUCAUUUGAUAGUUUAUUACUUUCCAUGCACGUCAGCAUUGCUUUAGUGAGAAUCCAGGGUGACGAGGGCAUAACCUCGCCCCCCUGUGUGCCGUCAAACAAGUCAUAGUUUAGGGAAUAGUCAUUUUUCCAUAUUCAGUGCUUUACUGCCUCUACUGGCAAAACUGAUGCACUGCGAUCAUUUCUGACCCCCAUUUUUUUGCGAGUCUGGUUUUCACGCGACGUGUGUGAAUCGCCCGAAUGUCGCGUGUGAGCAAGCAAGUGUGCGGCUGUGUGUCUCCGUCCUCAGGUCAGUUGUCAGAUUUGGAUAAUGUGUGUGUGUUUUUUUUUUUUUUCUGUCUCUACCUCUGUUAUGCUAUGAGUUAGCACGUCUCAUUACUUACUCUCCUCCCACAGUCACAUCUCAAACCCCCUUACACCUCUUUCUCUGGUGAAUGACCUGUGUUUGUUUAUGAUUUGCACUCUGCUUGUGGCUAUAAUGCACUUCUAGGGAUGGCAGUCCCACUCUCAGCCCAGCGUUCCUCAGGAGUCCUCUCCGAAUUCACACCAUUGGCAUACACACGGAUGCUUACCAAAUAUAAUAUGCAGAUGUUCGUUUCUUUAUUAUUCAUCUCAACCUGAUUACAUUUUUGGGUUGCCAGACGCUGACCGCCCUUUCGUGCACGGAGGCGGUAACCCAGACCAGAAUCGCCUGGACGGGACAGGCGUGGCUCUGCCAUCCUUGUCUUAGAAAAAAUAAAUAAAAGAAAAGUGACAGUGUUCUUACACAAGACACGCAUCUGAAAUCUGAGCGGAGUUCAGUUGCAGGUCCUUAUUUCCGUUGUGUAUCUCCUCUUUUCUCUCCGUGUCCUCCGUGUGGAACGUACUUUUGUUUCCCAAAGCACCACGUGACCCCCCGACUAACACUACAGUAAAGGGUGUCCACUUUCAUUUGCGUUGUUAUCGUUGUCGUGUAGUCCUAUUUUUUUUUGUGUGUUUCUCGGAUUUCAAUUGAAGGCUUCGCUGCGGUUUAUUUAAAUGUGAAGAACGACGUUGUGUUGAUCCUGAUUAAGUGUGCCAAACUGUGCGCCCGACUCUGCUUUACCCCCCACUAUCUUUACAUCACUGAACAAGAAAAGAAAAGAUGAAAUGAAAUUACAAUCUAUUUCUUUCUUUUUUUUUUUUUUACCCAAUCAACAGAAAACAGAUGUCGUGCCUGUCGUGUGUGGUUGAUACCCAGAUAUUUACCGGCGCUUGCCAACUUGCAAUUCUCACUGUGCUGAUCGCUACACCGAAAUACCUCCUUUACAGACACACCGAUAUAUAUAUCAACUGCCCUCUCUGGUUCGCCAGCUGAGCUUCUGCUGAAGGGCUGCUUUGUCGAUCCCAGUGUGAUCUGGUUUACUGAUGGAUCAGUAAAAUGUUUACAACAUCGCCGCAGGUCGUUUGUAGGUCGGUUUCUUAGAGCUUUAUAGAUUAGGCAGUGCGACACCAUCACAUCGGCUAACCAUGGCCUGAGUCAGAAAUUUUGAUGUCAUUUUCUUAUACAGAACACUCUCCGUGCGCUAUACAGCUCUCCAUACGACCCCAUCUCGCGUAUUUAAAGAAGAAGCAUUCGGCCACUGAACAUAUCAGACUAGUGUGUUAGUUACGACUCUCCUCGAUAAGAAGUGCAGCUCAGCAGCAAGUAGAGGAACCGGAAUGCAACCGGGUAAUCGGAUAUGACUAAAUGCAUAAAAAAAGAACUCUCAGCUAGAUUAAAUCUUUAGCUUUGAAAAUGACUGUCCAGUCAAAGUGUUAACCUACUAUUUGGUGCUCUAGCUGUCUGUGACUAGUGGUCCUAGAGAGCACAGACAACUCUAGAUAGCUGGCUUUGCUCUCAGGGUUGGACAGAUGUGCGUUUCUGUCUCUCCUAUUGAUCAGGGCUGUCUGUAGUAAACUGUGUCUCGGUGGGUAGCACCGUCGCCUCACACCAAGAAGGUCCUGGGUUCGAUCCCCACACGGGGCGGUCCGGGUCCUUUCUGUGUGGUUUGCAUGUUCUCCCCGUGUCUGAGUGGGUUUCCUCUGGGAGCACUGUUAAGACAGUGAGUGAGUGGUCAUCAUACAUACACUUCACAUGAGGUGGAUGAAGAUUAGGUCAUUUCUAGGACCAGGUCCUGUUCCAACUCUUCCACAUCACUCUUCUGGUUCUAGAACUCCUUCCAGACGAGUCAUUCUGUCUCAGUUUUGUCUAGCCGUACAGCACAAAAUGUAACACUUUUUUCUCGAUACCAGAGGUAUAAACAUCUGACUUUUAUGUUUACAUAUUAGUAAGCAACCAUUGGCAGUUAGUCUGCUUUAACUGAGAUGAGAAUAUGGGACGAGGAUAUGUCUUAGCGACCGCUUCCUCUGUUCGUACCACAGCUUCAGUAACAUUUUCAGAACUUAAACGUCCAUGCAGGACUGCACACGGCUUUUCAGAGCAGGUUUAGGUUCCUAAAGCGGCUUCUUCCAUCCAUUAUAUGCAAAAAUCUGUGUAAAUAAAGGCAUUAAUGAUUGGCUUUCAGUUGAAUCCGUUUUACCCUAGAUUAAAAUCCUAUUUCUUAAUACGAGUACAUUAGAAUGAACUUUGUCAAUGACCAAUCAGCGACGACUAGCUUUUGUUAACCGCUCAGUGAUUUUGCAGACCCACUCUUUUCUUCCACACACGUCAGAGACGCGGCAGCUCGUUUUAUUCCUGGGUUUAUUUCUUUUCCCUCCGCUUUUUAUUUUUAUUCCAUCACCGCUCUCUCCAACGCAUGCGAGACCCUCUGCAGGGCCGCUGCUUCUGUGCUCGACUCCGAGUUGGAUCGUGUGUGAUUCACAAACGUGGUCAUGAGGACCGUAUAGCUUGUAAUGCUUCUGUGUGUGAUGUUACCAUUAUGCCUUACAUGUUUUCCAGUACUAAUAAAAAGAGCAUAACAAAAA